AUGAAGUUCAACGACGGAUUCUGGCGCCUGAAGCACGGUGUCAAGGCAUAUUAUGGCCUCCAGGUAGUUCAGGUCAAGGCUAUCGACACAGGAUAUGACCUGCAAGUGGCAACUCGCCCCAUACAAAGUAGAGGCGAUACUCUUGGAGGUCCUCUUCUGAGUGUUCGAGUGCAUUCGCCAACUCAGGGAGUAAUUGGCGUCAACAUCGAUCACGUCGUCAGCGAACAACCAAAGACGAACAUAGGGCUUUUCCCCGACGACGGACCAGUGCCUGAUGUUACUCUGUCGAAGGAGGACAAAACGCACACUUUGAAGACCGGCGAUCUUACUGCCAAAAUUACGGAGAAUCCAUACACGAUAACUUUCAAGUCACCGAAACAAGUCUUGACUGAGGCAGGCUACAAAUAUCAGGCACUAUACGAGGUUCCUUCAAAAUGGACAACUUUGAGCGCCUCUCAGAGCUCCUCCCUUACUACUGACCCUCUUUCGAAUCCGAAUCCGACUCCGUUACCACCGAUAAUCUAUUACAUCAACUCGGAACUGAAAACUUCGCCUGGAGAAUUGAUCUACGGCCUCGGAGAACAAUUUGGGCCUUUCGUGAAAAAUGGCCAAGCGGUUAGGAUAUGGAACCAAGAUGGCGGGACCUCGAGCGACCAGGCGUAUAAAUGUGUUCCGUUCUAUAUCACCAACCGCGGCUACGGUGUCUUUAUUAAUCACCCAGGAGAGGUGGAAGUCGAAGUUAAUUCAGAGAAGGUCAGCCGAGUCGGAGUGUCUGUCGCGGAUUUUUCGUUGGAGUAUUUCUUGAUCUACGGGGAAACGCCAUUGGAGAUUCUGCAAAGAUACACCAGGAUGACUGGUCGACCCGCACUUUUGCCAAGUUGGACCUAUGGCCUUUGGUUGUCAACUUCAUUCUUAACCGAUUAUUCUACGGAAACCGUGUCAAGUUUCUUGCAAGGCAUGCAAGAGCGUAACUGUCCUGUGCGCGUCUUCCAUAUAGAUUGUUUCUGGAUGAAGCAAUACGAAUGGUGCUCCUUCACAUUCGACCCAGACAACUUCCCUGACCCAAAGGCUUACCUGGCUGAAAUCAAAGAGAAGUAUGGUGUCAAGAUAUGCUUAUGGAUCAACCCCUAUAUCUCCCAAUUGUCGCCGAUCUUCAAGGAAGGUGUAGAGGGCGGCUACUUCAUCAAGCGGACAAACUGUACCGUCUGGCAAUGGGAUUUAUGGCAACCUGGGCUUGCCGUCGUGGAUGUCACGAACCCAGACGCAAGGAAAUGGUACACGGAUAAACUGUCAGCUCUUAUUGACCUCGGAGUCGACGCAUUCAAGACGGAUUUCGGAGAGCGCAUCCCUCACGCCAACGUUGUCUUCCACGACGGUUCCGAGCCCAUACGCUUCCACAACACUUACUCCGUCGUCUACAAUGAGCUGGUGUUCAACCUCCUCAAAGAGCGCUUUGGCGAGGGUGAAGCCGUUGUCUUCGCCCGUUCGGCGACCGUUGGAGGCCAGAGAUUCCCAGUACAUUGGGGAGGUGACUGCGAGUCGACGUGGGAGGCGAUGGCUGAAGCCAUGCGCGGUGCCCUAUCUUUGACUUUAUCGGGCUUCGGGUAUGCGUCGCAUGAUAUCGGCGGCUUUGAGGGCCUCCCACCCCCGGAGAUCUACCAGCGCUGGGUCGCCUUUGGUCUGUUCUCAUCGCACUCGCGGCUGCACGGGUCCUCGUCCUACCGCGUUCCCUGGAUCUACGGGGAAGACGCCGCGAAGAGCAUGUCCAAGUUCUUGGAGGCGAAACACCAGUUGAUGCCAUACAUUUACAAUCUGUCAAUUGAAGCGAAUUCGAAAGGCCACCCGUUGAUGCGAGCGAUGUUCCUCGAGUUCCCUGAUGAUCGAACUACGCAUUAUCUCGAUAGACAGUUUAUGUUGGGCCCAAACCUCCUCGUCGCCCCUGUCUUCGUCCCACUCAAGGAAGAGACGGAAUAUUACCUUCCCGCGGGGCGCUGGACGAGCUUCUUCCACCCCGAGCGCACGAUCGACGGACCCAAGUGGGUGCGCGAGGUCGUCCCGCUCGACGAGGUCCCGCUCUGGGUGCGCCCUGGCUCCGUCCUCGUCCUCGGCCCCCCAGGCAUCGGUCGGCCGGACUAUGAUUAUACCAAGGACCUGGAGGUAAGGGUGUAUGAGUUGGAGGAAGGUGGUGUUGUGAAGGUGGAUGUACCAGCUGGAAAGGGAAAGGUGAUGGCAGGGAAGGUGGUUGCUGAGAGGAAGACGGGGGAGGAAGGUGUGCAGGUGAAGAACGAGGGGGUUGAGGUGAAGAGUGUGUGGUAUUCUGGUCAGGCGCCGGGGUCCAUCUAG